GACAGUCCCAAGUUAAGAGCAGCUGUGGGCGCAUAGCCUUCAAGAUGAGGCCGACGCUCGCCCUGUGCCUCCUUGGGCAGGUUCUUUGGUUUGGGCCGGGCGCGGGCGAGCACCCCACCGCCGAUCGAGCUGUGUGCUCGGCCUCAGGGGCCUGCUACAGCCUGCACCAUGCUACCAUCAAGCGAGAGGCGGCCGAGGAGGCCUGCAACCUACGCGGCGGGGCGCUCAGCUCGGUGCGAGGGGACGCCGAGAUGCGCGCUGUGCUCGCGCUCCUGCGGGCAGGUCCAGGGCCCGGAGGGGGUUCCAAAGACCUUCUGUUUUGGGUGGCGCUGGAGCGCAGGCGUUCCCACUGCACCCUGGAGAACGAGCCGUUGAGAGGUUUCUCCUGGCUGUCCCCCGACGCCAGCGGAGUUGAAAACGACACGCUGCCGUGGGUGGAGGAGCCCCAGCGCUCCUGCACGGCGCGCAGAUGCGCAGGACUCCAGGCCACCCGGGGAGUUGAGCCCGCAGGCUGGAAGGAGAUGCGAUGCCACCAGCGUGCCAAUGGCUACCUGUGCAAGUACCAGUUUGAGGCCUUGUGCUCCGCGCCGCGCCCCGGGGCCGCCUCUGACUUGAGUUACCGCGCGCCCUUCCAGCUGACCAGCGCCUCGCUGGACUUCAGUCCCCCGGGGACCAAGGUGAGUGCGCUCUGCCCCGAGCAGCUCUGGGUCUCAGCCACCUGUAUCGCAGACGAGUUUGGAGAGCGUUGGGACGGGCUACCCGGGGGGACCGUGCUCUGUCCCUGCCCAGGGCGGUACCUCCGCGGUGGCGAAUGCGUGGAGCUCUCCAACUGCCUAGACGACUCUGGAGCCUUUGCCUGCGAAUGUGCUGCGGGCUUCGAGCUGGGGAGAGACGGACGCUCUUGCGUGACCAAUGAGGAAGCACAGCCUGAACAUAGCGGGACUAAGAUGCCCACAAGGCGCCUGCCAGCCACUGCCGCUAGCCCAGUGCUGAAGAGAACAACGUUGUCACCCAGAGAACAGAAGCCGGGAGAGAUGCCCCACGUGCCUGGACGAGGCAGUUCAGCAAUGUCUACUCCAGAGAUUAUUCUGUGGGGCGCACAGAGCACGACCUCCACCCUUCAGAGGUUCCCUCCAACCAAAUCAGAGACAACCAGCCGCCCAUCUGGAAGUACUACCCCCCAGUUUAAUUCCACAUCUUCCUCUUCCAUUCCGCAGGCUCCUGGCUCCUCCUCCACCGUGGUCUUCAUACUUGUGAGCAUAGCAGUAGUAGUGCUGGUGAUCUUGACCAUGACAGUGCUAGGGCUUUUCAAACUGUGCUUUCACAAGGGCCCUUCCACCAGGCCAAGGAAGGGACCUUUGGCCUUGCCGGGCGUGGAGAGUAACACAGAAGCUAAUGCGCGCUCCAGUUCUGCGCAUUGCACGGACAACGGGGUGAAGGCGGGGGACUGCGGUCUGCGGGACAGGGCAGAGGGCGCCUCGCUGGCGGGGUCCUCUCUUGACUCUGGGGACACCUAGGGAAACAAAGGACAAGGGCACUCCAAUGGGAAGGAAGCUGAAGAAGAAUGUAAUUGUGAAUGAGGAUUCCUACAGAAAUCCCCCUUGACGUUCCCUGGACUGUCCUAGGGAGCUAAACCUCAACAGGACACUCUUCCUGAAGGUGGAAGAGGCAGAAGUGCCUUAAGGUGGUACUGGGCGGGAGGGGGGAGGGGAGUGGGAUCUUGCUGAAAGGAGGUGGUUUUUUACGUUUAUUCGGGGAAAUUUGGAGAGGUUAUUCAGCAUUUCAAGACAGUGGAAGCAAAUAGAAAACAAUGCAGUUUUUUAAAACAUUCAUUUUCACCACACGAGAAGGACCUUCUCUGUUUACAUGGUUCAGACUGGGAUUAUAUCCUUUGAAAUUCCCAGGCAAAAAAUAAAAAAUAAAAUAAGGAUUGUUGAUAACCUAGAUUCAAAUAUGAUUGGUUUCCUCCAGGCAUAAUUAUCAAGGAAGAACAGCUGAGGGGCUUAGUGGAAUCAGUAGCAAGGAUGCUUACUGCUUUAAGGUUAAGGGCAGAGUCCUUAAGUCCUUGUAAUGAGGACUGAUCUUUAAGAACUAGUAACUUUACCCUUUGAUCAUUUAUCCUUUGCUUUCAAAGUUACUGCUGCCUAUGUGCUGUGCUAUAAAUCCAAAGUGUGGUGUUGCCAGAGUUGCUGGCUCUAGAAGCAAAUUAUAGCUGACCACCAAUUCAAGUGUUUACUGUGUGUCCUUGCCCAAGGAAACAAAUGAUUUGUGAUUUCCCCUUCCAAUGUCUUCACUCUCUGAUGCAGUGACCUCCCCUACCAAAUAGCUCUCUCCUAAACAUCAAGAUGCUGAUCCUCACUUCCAAUUACAGUGAUGUUAAUUCUCGA